AUGACCAGAAUAUUCAAUUCUUACUUACAUAAAUUGCAAAAAGAUUAGAUCUAUUUCACAGAUAGUAUUGAAUAAUACAAUACCAUAAAUUUUCAUAGACAACUUUAAAAUAAUUUUAUUUUCUCAAUUUCCAGUAUGUAUUAAUAUAAUAAAUAUUUGUAUUAAUAUUAUUUUAUAAUUUGUAAUUUUGAAGGAUCACUUAAAAUUAAAGAAAGUUAGAUUAACUAAUUUUUAAGCAAAAAAAUAUAUAAAAUAAUUCAUUCUCUUAUUAUACUUUUCUUAUUAUAAAAUUGUAAAUUAAAGAAAGAAAAAAUUUAUUUUUUAAUCUACUAAAAAUUUAAAAAUUAGUAAAACAAAAAUAAUUACUAAAAAUCAACAAAAUUUAGAUUUACUUGUCCUCGAGUAAAAUGA